GGGACAAAGCAUGAUUAUUUUUGUUGCAAUGUUUUAAGCCACCUUCCACUCCGUAAUCACCCAACUCUCUUUACUUUUAUACCAGGAAAUUGUGUCAUGCCAAGGCCAUGGCUAACUUAAGAUCAUAAAAAAAAUUCCCUAUUGAUAAUCAAGCCAAGAAUCAGAAAUGUUACCUGAAACAUUAGCAAUCCCUGCAGCCCUCCUUGUGAUAUUCAUAUUUAUUCUAUCUGCUGCUGUGUUGCACUCAAAACAUCGCCAAGAUGGUGGUAAAAAUCCACCAGGUCCCAAGGCCUUGCCAAUUAUUGGUAACCUCCACAUGCUUGGGAAACUCCCACACCGCAACCUUCAAGCCCUUGCCACAAAAUAUGGACCCCUAAUGUCCUUAAAGCUAGGACAUGUCACAGCCAUUGUGAUUUCCUCCCCUGAAACUGCCGAGCUAUUCCUCAAGACCCAUGACAUUGUUUUUGCUAGCAGACCUAAAACUCAAUCAUCGAAGUAUAUAUCUUAUGGCAGCAAAGGCUUGGUGUUUUCUGAGUAUGGUGCCUACUGGCGCAACAUGAGGAAAUUAUGCACAUUACAACUUCUGAUUGCAUCAAAAGUUGAGAUGUUUUCUCCUUUGAGGAGGGAGGAGUUGGGAGGAUUGGUUAAGUUUAUCGAUAAAACAGCAGGCUCGCGUGAGAUUGUGGACCUCAGCGAGUUGGUACUGGAUCUUAUUGAGAAUAUCACAUAUAAAAUGAUAUUUGGCCGCAGUAAGGAUGACAGAUUCAAUGUAAAGAACCUUGUUCGUGAAGUACUGAACUUGGCUGGAGCUUUCAAUAUUGCAGAUUAUGUGCCCUGGCUAGGCAUGUUUGAUAUUCAGGGACUUGCCAGACGAUUAAAAAAGGUAAGCAAUUCAUUUGAUCAAGUCAUGGAGCAGAUUAUCAAAGACCACGAACAAUCUUCUGGUAAUGAACAGAAUGGCCAACGCCAAAAGGACUUCAUGGACAUAUUGCUAGCGCUUAAGGAUCAACCGCUGGACCCUCAGGAUGAACAAGGUCAUGUUAUUGAUAGAACUAACAUCAAGGCAAUUGUCAUGACUAUGAUCAUUGCAGCAAUUGACACAUCUACUACUGUGGUGGAGUGGGCUAUGUCAGCACUCUUAAAGAAUCAAAGGGUGAUGAAGAAACUUCAAGAUGAGUUAGAAAAUGUAGUGGGGUUGAAUAGACAGGUCGAGGAGGAUGAUUUGGAGAAGUUGCCUUACUUGGAUAUAGUGGUGAAGGAAACACUACGAUUAUACCCUGUUGCACCUCUGCUAGUGCCUCGUGAGUCUAGAGAAGAUGUUACAAUUGAAGGUUAUUACAUAAAGAAAAAAUCAAGGGUCAUAAUAAAUGCAUGGGCUAUAGGUAGAGAUCCUAAAGUAUGGACAAAUAAUGCUGAGGAAUUUUAUCCAGAAAGAUUUGCCAAUAGCAAUGUGGACAUGCGUGGACAUGAUUUUAGACUCAUACCAUUUGGUUCAGGUCGUAGAGGGUGCCCUGGGAUUCAUUUGGGUCUUACUACUGUUAAGAUCGUUUUAGCUCAAUUGGUGCAUUGUUUCAAUUGGGAGCUUCCAUUGGGCAUGUCCCCUGAUGACUUGGACAUGAAUGAAAAAUUUGGCCUCACAAUGCCAAGAAGUAAGCACUUGCAGGCUGUGCCGUCUUAUCGGCUACCUUGUCCGCCAGGACCGCCACGCUUACCAAUCAUAGGAAACCUCCACAUGCUAGGUACCCUCCCUCACCGUUCCCUCCAAUCACUUGCAAAACGUUACGGUCCCAUAAUGUCCCUAAAACUAGGAAAUGUUCCAACCAUUGUGGUUUCCACCCCACAAGCCGCAGAGCUAUUCCUAAGGACACAUGAUACAGUCUUUGCCAAUAGGCCCAAGUUUGAAGCGGCUCAAUAUACGUACGGCCCAGAAAGCGUGGCCUUUGCUGAGUAUGGUGCAUAUUGGCGCAACGUUAGGAAAGUGUGCACUACCCAUCUUCUUAGUGUGUCAAAAGUUGAGUCCUUUGCACCGUUGAGAAAGAGGGAAGUGGAAGCAAUGGUUAAGUCACUGAUGGAAGUAGCAGAGGCGCGUGAGAUUGUGGACCUUAGUGAGAAGGUGGGGGAACUUUUGCAAGAUGUUGCAUGCAAGAUGAUAUUGGGAAGGAACAAGGAUGAUAGGUUUGAUUUGAAGGGCAUUCUUCUUGAGACUAUGAGCCUUUCGGGUACUUUCAAUUUGGCAGAUUAUGUGCCUUGGCUUGCAGUGUUUGAUCUUCAGGGAUUAACACGACGCUUGAAGAAAAUCAACAAAGCACUGGACAAAAUGCUAGAUGAAAUGAUUGAUGAACAUCAACUAGCUCCUAAAGCACAAGGGCACCUCAAGGAUUUUAUUGACACGUUGCUUUUCUUAAAGGACCAAGCAAUUCAUCCCCACGAGGAACACGCACGUAUAAUUGAUAGGAGGAGCAUUAAGGGUAUUGUGUUUGAUAUGAUAAUUGGUGCAAUAGAAACAUCCAAUGCUGUAAUUGAAUGGGCAAUUUCAGAACUUGUGCGACACCCAAGGGUGAUGGUAAAUCUUCAAAAUGAGCUAAAACAUGUAGUUGGAAUAAACAACAUGGUGGAGGAGAUUGAUUUGUCAAAAUUAAGUUAUUUGGAUAUGGUUGUGAAGGAGACCCUAAGAUUACACCCAGUUGUACCAUUGCUAGCCCCUCAUGAAUCAAUGGAAGAUAUAGUGAUUGAAGGUUAUUACAUUAAAAAAAAGUCUCGAAUUAUAAUAAAUGCAUGGGCUAUAGGGCGUGAUACUAAAGUAUGGUCACAUAAUGCUGAAGUGUUUUAUCCAGAAAGAUUCAUCAAUAGCAAUAUAGAUUUUAAGGGACAUGAAUUUCAACUUUUACCUUUUGGGUCUGGUCGUAGAAGUUGUCCUGGAAUGGUAAUGGGGUUGACCAUGGUAAAAUUUGUUUUAGCUCAAUUGGUGCAUUGUUUCAACUGGGAGCUACCUUAUGGCAUGGAUCCUCAUGAAUUGGAUAUGAGUGAGAAACCUGGCCUAUCAACUCCAAGAGCAAGGCAUUUGCUUAUGAUUCCAACUUAUCGUUUAAUUCAUGAAACCCUGGUGAUGAAUGAGCUUAAUUUAGCCUUUUAA